AUGACGGACGGCCACCUCUUCAACAACAUCUCCCUCGGCGGCCGCGUCGGCAACAACCCUGGUCAGUUUAGGCUAUAUUCGGGAGGGCUUGCAUGGAAGAAGCUAGGUGGAGGAAAGACAAUUGAGGUUGAUAAAGCUGAUAUAAUUUCUGUGACGUGGAUGAAAAUCCCCAGAUCUUAUCAGCUUAGUGUUGGGACCAAAGAGGGGAUUCGGUACGUGUUCAAAGGCUUCCGUGAACAGGAUGUUAGUAACCUUACUAACUUCAUACAAAAGAACACGGGAACCACACCAGAGGAGAAGCAGCUUUCUGUUAGUGGCCAUAAUUGGGGCGCGGUCGACAUCAAUGGCAAUAUGCUUAGCUUUAAUGUUGGCUCAAAGGAAGCAUUUGAAGUCUCUCUAUCAGAUGUAUCACAAACUCAGUUGCAAGGAAAAACAGAUGUUGUUCUUGAGUUCCAUGUUGAUGAUACUACAGGGGCUAAUGAGAAAGAUUCGCUGAUGGAUUUAAGUUUUCAUGUACCAACUUCAAAUACUCAGUUCCUCGGUGAUGAGGAACGUCCCUCGGCUCAUAUUUUUUGGCAGAAAAUCUUGGCUAUAGCUGACGUUGGCUCAUCAGAAGAGGCUGUUGUCUCAUUGGAGGGAAUUGCAAUUCUUACCCCAAGAGGUCGAUACACUGUUGAGCUUCAUAUGUCAUUCUUGCGACUCCAAGGACAAGCUAAUGAUUUCAAAAUCCAGUAUAGCAGUAUUCUUCGGCUCUUUGUUUUGCCAAAGUCAAACAACCCUCAUACCUUUGUGGUCAUCACACUUGAUCCGCCAAUUCGCAAAGGACAAACAUUAUAUCCCCACAUUGUUAUUCAGUUUGUGACAGAGAAUGUAGUUGAGAAGGAGCUGUCAUUAAGUGAGGAGGUUUUGGCUGAAAAGUACAAGGACAGGCUGCAGAGUUCUUACAAUGGUUUAGAACAUGAGGUAUUCUCCAAAAUCCUUCGUGGCCUGUCUGGUGCUAAAGUGACGAGGCCAAGCACAUUCCGCAGUUGUCAAGAUGGAUAUGCCGUGAAAUCAUCACUUAAAGCUGAAGAUGGAUUGCUGUAUCCUCUUGAAAAAGGCUUUUUCUUUUUGCCAAAGCCCCCGACACUCAUUCUGCAUGAGGAGAUUGAGUAUGUUGAAUUUGAGCGCCAUGGUGCUGGUGGUGCUAGUAUGUCAUCUCACUAUUUUGAUCUUCUGGUCAAGCUAAAGAAUGAUCAAGAACAUCUCUUCAGAAAUAUACAAAGGAAUGAAUACCAUAACCUCUUCAACUUCGUCAGUGGUAAGAAUUUGAAAAUCCUGAAUCUUGGAGAAGAUGGCCAAGAUAGAACUGGUGCUGUUGCGGCUGCUCUUCAGAGCACUGAUGAUGACCCCGUUGAUCCACAUCUGGAGCGAAUUAAAAAUCAGGCCGGUGAUGAAGAAAGUGAUGAAGAGGACGAAGAUUUUGUGGCUGACAAGGAUGACAGCGGAUCCCCUAGUGAUGAUUCUGAAGAGGGUUCUGAUGCCAGCAUAAGCGAUGGAGAAAAGGAGAAAUCUUCCAAAAAGGAAGCUAGUAGCUCAAAGCCACCUGUGAAGAGGAAACCAAAGAAUGUGGACGUGGAAGGUUCAGAGAAGAGAAAGCCGAAGAAGAAGCAGAAGAAAGAUCCCAAUGCCCCUAAAAGAGCAAUAGCACCAUUCAUGUAUUUCUCAAAGGCUGAGCGAGCUAAUUUGAAGAACAUCAACCCUGAACUCAGCACCACUGAUAUUGCAAAGAAGCUUGGAGAGAAGUGGCAAAAGAUGUCAGCUGAGGAGAAGCAGCCAUACGUUGAGCAGUCCCAAGUGGAUAAGAAACGCUAUGCAGAGGAGUCUGCUGCCUACCGCGGCGCUGGUGCGGCUCCUGUAGACGUGGACUCUGCAGAUGGAUCGUCCGAUUGA